AUGGUUGAAUCAAGUAAUAAUAAAGAAACUCUCUUUUCAGCGCAACACACACCGGCUCAACGAGUUACUAGUGUGCUGUUGAAUGGCCGUAAUUUUGCAUCCUGGGCUCGUUCCCUCCGCCUCUAUGUUGGUGGAAAAGGCAAAUCAGGGUGGAUUUUGGGUACUGAAAAUAGGCCAGAUAUUAAAGAUCCUAAAUAUGCUCAGUGGGAUAUGGACAAUUGCACCAUUUUAGGAUGGAUGUUUAAUUCUAUAAAGGAACGCAUUUAUAAUAUAUUCAUGUUUUAUGACUCUGUUAAUGACUUGUGGACUGCUUUGAAUCAAAUGUAUGCUCAUUCUAGGAAUGAUGCUCGUAUUUUUGAAUUAUAUCAAGAUAUUGCUAAGGCCUCGCAAGAAGGCCUGAAUUUGUUUGUAACUGAUUAUUUUGGGUAUUUGAGAUAUCGUUGGGAGGAACUAGCUCAAUAUGAGCCUCUCAGUGAAUUGCCUUCUGAGGCAGCCUCUCUUCUUGUCAAACGUCUUGAUCGUCAGCAUACCUAUCAGUUUUUGAUGGGAUUACGCCCAGAAUUUAAACCACUAAAGUCUCAGAUCUUGAAUGCAUCACCAAUGCCAUCCCUGUUGGAAGCCUUUGCUACUGUUGAUGGUGAAGCACGCAAGGGCCGUUUAAUUCAGCCCUCAAUUGUUCCUGUACCAGUGUCUGAGCCUACUGGGGAUAGUAUGGCUUUUGCAGCCAACUUUGGAUCACGAGCUUCUGGAGGUCAGAUUAUUUGUCACCAUUGUGGAGGGGUUGGACAUGUUAAGGCUCGUUGCUUCAAACUUCAUCCUGAACUGAAGCAAAAAAUUUCUAAGAACCGUUUAUCUGGAACUGGUUCUUCUCAUACUGCGGCUGUUACAGAAACUCCUGUUACUACUGGUGGAUCUACUGUAUUUCCUGGACUGAGCCAGCUUCAGUCUCAGAUUGGGGAUAUUCAAGACCAGCUUGGCUCCCUUUCUUCUAGAGUUAGUGCUCCUUCAACUGCUCCCACUGCAACUAUUGUUAUAGGUACUCCUACUACAUUUUAUGUUAAGGCCAAGCAUCCCACUUGGGUUCUGGAUUAUGGGGCCAAUGAUCACAUGACUGGUGAGUUACCAGUUUUUUCUUCUAAUGUCAUACAUGUUACCCAAUCCGUGUAUCUUGCGGAUGGCUCUACAUCUUACAUUCACAGUAAGGGUGAUGUUUGUCUGUCUCCUGAUAUUACUCUUUCAUCUGACCUUUGUUUGAAGAGGAUUUUUGGCAGGGGUUAUGAGUGUGAUGGGCUUUACUACUUUGGGGAACCACCAGGAACGAGUCUUCAAGCUUCUGUCAUACCUACUUCUAGUAUUUAUGAUGUUUCUUUUCGCACUUUUAGUCUGUGGUAUGCACGUUUGAGGCAUUUUCUUCAAAUGAUCAAAACCCAGUAUAACACUGUUGUCCGUAAUAUUCGUUCUGAUAAUGGACGAGAAUAUAUUUCGAAUGAGUUCCGGUCUGAACUUAAUAAAAAGGGGAUUUUACAUCAACUCACUUGCCCCUAUACUCCUGAGCAAAAUGGUGUGGCUGAACGCAAAAACCGUCAUCUUAUGUCUGUGGUACGAUGUCUUCUGAGUGGUAUGCAUGUGCCUAAAUUCUAUUGGCACAUAGCUGUUCUUACAGCUGCUUUUCUGAUUAAUCGUACUCCCAGUCGAGUUUUGGGUGGUAAGGCACCAUUUCAGAUUCUCCAGCCUGAUUAUACAUUGUUUCACCUUCUGCCUCGUGUUUUUGGCUGUACUUGUUUGGUUUAUAACCGUAGUCCUUCUCGUCAUAAACUUGAUGAUAAAUCUAUUAGGUGUAUUUUCUUGGGGUAUUCUGCUAUGUCAAAGGGCUAUCGUUGUUAUGAUCAUGUGACCAAACAUAUGUAUCAUUCUCUUGAUGUGACAUUUCAUGAAACUGUUCCUUUUUAUAGUACUAAUUCUGUGGUACAGGAUUCUCUCUCUUGUGAUCUGGAGAAGGAGAUUUCUCUUAUUGCCCGUCCUGUUGCUCUCUUUGAAAAUCACACUGUCCUGGAAUCUUCUUUUCCAUCCAUGCAGGGUUCCCCUCCACCUUUGCAGGACUACUCUCGUCGCCAUCGCACUCAACCUCCCCUGCCAGAAUCAUCUUCCGAACUAGGUCCAGGUAACUCUACUUCUCCUAUUGCUCCUACAAUUCCUGAGCGUACCUCCCGUUAUCCUACCCGUGAUCGUCAUCGUCCUAAUUGGUAUGGUUUUUCUAGUAGCACUAACCACCCUAUUUCCCAGUAUGUCUCCUAUGAUGGUCUUUCAGGUGCAUAUAAAUCCUUCCUGGGCAAGAUUGGGACCGUUUCUAUUCCUCGAUCUGUAUCAGAAGCCCUCCAAGAUCCCAAUUGGGUGUCUGCCAUGACAACAGAAAUGGAUGCUUUAUACCAUAAUAAUACAUGGGAACUUGUUGCUUUACCUUCUGGGGAAAAAACAGUUAGCUGCAAGUGGGUCUUUAAUGUGAAGUACUUAGCCGAUGGUUUUAUUGAUCGGUAUAAGGCUCGGUUGGUGGCAAAAGGCUUUACUCAGAUUCCGGGCAAAGACUUUAAUGCUACCUUUGCUCCUGUGGCUAAGUUGACGUCUGUGCGACUGCUUGUCUCCUUGUCUGCUGCCCAUUCUUGGCCUCUGCAUUAG